AUGGCAGAUGGUGAAUGGCUUACUCCACGACAACUAAGCGCACUUUCGUACGAAGAACAGCAAGCAUAUAUUCGUCAAACGCUUGAAGAGAGCCAAGAAGAAAUAAGUGACCACGAUUCAGUAGUUGGUGACGAGGCUUUUGAUGAAUGUGUAGGUGAUAUUGGUGGUGAUGACUCAGACUUAGAAGAGCCCACGUUACCAGAAUAUGACCCAGAGGACGACAGUGAUUCUGAUGAAGAACUUGAAGAUGCACCAAUUGAAACUGGGGAAUAUUUUACUGCCAGAGACGGUAAUGUUUGGUCUUCGAUACAACCACAACCUGUAAGAUUCAGUACGCACAACAUUCUAAGAAGUGCACAAUCUGGACCAGUACGGGCAACGCAAGGUUUGACCAUUUCAGAAACGUUCAAAUUGAUAAUGUCAGACGAAAUAUGCGACAUAAUUAUUCGUGAAUCAAAUCGAAAGGCAAGGCAAUUUUUUGAUGAUGACAAUGCAAAACAUCCAACAAGAAAACCGAGAUCAUGGAUUCUCAUAACAGAAAGUGAAUUUGAUGCAUAUUUGGGCGUACUUUUACUAAGUGGCGUUACACAUUCUGGUUACGUGCAUACGAAAGAUUUGUGGAAUACUAAAUCACAUCCAUUAUAUCAUGCUGCAAUGAGUGUACGACCAUUUUGGGAAAUUAGCCGAUUCAUUCGUUUUGAUAAUGGAAACACACGCCAGCAGCGCAAACAAACUGACAAAGCAGCAGCAAUAUCGGACGUUUUUUUGAUGCUAAACAGCUGUCUUCGUAGAUAUUAUGUGGCAGGAGCCAACGUCACCGUAGAUGAACAAUUGUAUGCUUAUCGUGGUGGAACUGGUUUCACGCAAUACAUACCAUCAAAACCUGCCAAAUAUGGGAUAAAAGUGUGGUGGGUGUGCGACUCCAUUUCGUCCUAUCCAUUGUAG